AUGACGCCGAGCCCCGCGCUGGUGCUGCCACUGCUGCUGCUGCUGGGGGCCCUCCCGCCGGCCGCCGCCGCCCGAGGGCCUCCGAGGAUGGCGGACAAGGUGGUCCCGAGGCAGGUGGCCCGGCUGGGCCGCACGGUCCGGCUGCAGUGCCCCGUGGAGGGGGACCCGCCGCCACUGACCAUGUGGACCAAGGACGGCCGGACGAUCCACGGCGGCUGGAGCCGCUUCCGCGUGCUGCCCCAAGGGCUGAAGGUGAAGGAGGUGGAACCGGAGGACGCUGGUGCCUACGUGUGCAAGGCCACCAAUGGCUUCGGGAGCCUCAGUGUCAACUACACGCUCAUAGUGAUGGAUGACACCAGUCCAGGAAGGGAGAGCCCAGGGCACGACAGCUCCUCUGGGGGCCAGGAAGACCCAGCCAGCAAGCAGUGGGCGCGGCCCCGCUUCACGCAGCCCUCCAAGAUGAGGCGCCGCGUGAUCGCGCGGCCCGUGGGCAGCUCCGUGCGGCUCAAGUGCGUGGCCAGUGGGCAUCCGCGGCCCGACAUCAUGUGGAUGAAGGAUGACCAGGCCUUGACCCGCCCGGAGGCUGGCGAGCACAGGAAGAAGAAGUGGACGCUGAGCCUGAAGAACCUGCGCCCGGAGGACAGCGGCAAGUACACGUGCCGCGUCUCGAACCGCGCAGGCGCCAUCAACGCCACCUACAAGGUGGAUGUGAUCCAGCGGACGCGCUCCAAGCCUGUGCUCACGGGCACGCACCCGGUGAACACGACGGUGGACUUCGGGGGCACGACAUCCUUCCAGUGCAAAGUGCGCAGCGACGUGAAGCCGGUGAUCCAGUGGCUGAAGCGCGUGGAGUAUGGCGCCGAGGGCCGCUACAACUCCACCAUCGACGUGGGUGGCCAGAAGUUCGUGGUUCUGCCCACCGGCGACGUGUGGUCGCGGCCCGACGGCUCCUACCUCAACAAGCUGCUCAUCACGCGCGCGCGCCAGGAUGACGCGGGCAUGUACAUCUGCCUGGGUGCCAACACCAUGGGCUACAGCUUCCGCAGCGCCUUCCUGACGGUGCUGCCCGACCCAAAGCCCCCAGGGCCACCUGUGGCCCCCUCGUCCUCCACCACCAGUCUGCCGUGGCCGGUGGUCAUCGGCAUCCCAGCCGGCGCGGUCUUCAUCGUGGGCACCGUGGUCCUGUGGCUCUGCCAGGCCAAGAAGAAGCCAUGCGCGCCGGCCCCGCCCCCCCCGGCGCCUGCACAUCGCCCACCCGCCGGAGCCCGCGACCGCGGCGGGGAUAAGGACCUGCCCGCCCCCGCCACCCUGGGCUCUGGCCCCGGAGUGGGGCUAUGUGAGGAGCUUGGGCCCCCGGCCGCCCCCCAGCAUCUGCUGGGCUCCGGCUCAGCCACUGGCCCCAAGCUUUACCCCAAACUCUACACAGACACGCACACACACACACACUCACACACACACUCACACGUGGAGGGCAAAGUCCACCAACAUCAACACAUCCACUACCAGUGCUAG